GUUGCAUCGAGUAAAAAUCUAGCGGGCUUUUGCAGCAGAUCUGAUCAAAUGUCCUGAUCGCUGCGGCCCCAGAUUUUCCGAAUGCUCUUUUCUUCUUCCUCUGAGCAGAGUUUUCUGUCUCUAGGCUUUGAUCUCGUCAUUCUCUUUGAAAAGUACAGAUGAACUUUCUUGUACAUUAAAGCUCUUGGAUUUGGAGACUGUAAGUUAGUAGCAUUUCUGCGUAUCAGGUGAGGUAAAAGAGUGAGAUCCGAUCCAUGGAGUGGAGCACGUUGCAGCAUCUGGAUCUACGAUAUGUCGCUCGAGACAUCACCAAACCGUUGCAGCCACACGCUGCUGCAUUUCAUCCUGCACAGGCGCUUGUCGCAGUUGCAAUCGGAACCUACAUAAUCGAAUUUGAUGCGUUUACUGGAAGCAAGUUGUCUACUAUCAACAUUGGCUCCCCUGUGGUUCGAAUGUCUUAUAGUCCAACGUGCGGCCAUGCUGUGAUCGCCAUUCUUGAGGAUUGUACAAUACGGUCUUGUGAUUUUGAUGCUGAGCAAACAUGUGUCUUACAUUCACCCGAAAAGAAGAUGGAGCGCAUUGCUUCUGAUACAGAAGUCCAUCUUGCUUUGACACCUCUCCAACCUGUUGUAUUUUUUGGUUUUCACAAAAGAAUGAGUGUGACUGUUGUUGGAACUGUUGAAGGUGGGAGGGCACCAACAAAGAUAAAGACAGACUUAAAAAAACCAAUUAUGAAUCUUGCUUGUCAUCCUCGGCUUCCUGUUCUGUAUGUAGCUUAUGCAGAAGGUUUGAUACGAGCUUACAACAUUCAUACAUAUGCUGUUACUUACACACUACAACUUGAUAAUACCAUUAGGCUUGUUGGUGCUGGGGCAUUUGCAUUUCAUCCAACGCUGGAGUGGAUUUUUAUUGGUGAUAGACGUGGUACACUUCUUGCAUGGGAUGUAUCAACCGAUAGACCUAUCAUGAUCGGAAUUACACAGGUGGGUUCUCAACCAAUCUCAUCAGUUGCUUGGCUCUCAAUGCUACGUCUACUUGUCACGCUCUCCAAGGAUGGGACUCUACAUGUGUGGAAAACACGGUUGAUAGUUAAUCCUAAUAGACCUCCUAUUCAAGCAAACUUCUUUGAAUCUGCUUCAAUUGAAUCCCUGGACAUCCCUCGAAUUCUUUCUCAGCAGGGUGGUGAAGCAGUUUAUCCCUUGCCACGAAUUAGAGCUUUAGAAGUUCAUCCAAAAUUGAAUUUAGCAGCUCUGCUGUUUGCAAAUGUGGCAGGGAGCGAUAACUUGAAAAAUAGGGCUGCGUACACUAGGGAAGGCAGGAAACAGCUCUUUGCAGUUCUUCAAAGUGCCAGAGGGUCUUCAGCCUCUGUUUUAAAGGAGAAGCUUUCAUCAAUGGGUUCUUCUGGGAUUUUGGCUGAUCAUCAGCUCCAAUCACGACUGCAAGAGCAUCACCUUAAGGGCCAAAGUCAGCUCAAUAUUUCAGACAUUGCCCGGAAAGCAUUCCUUUAUAGUCAUUUUAUGGAAGGUCAUUCCAAGAGUGCUCCAAUAUCAAGGUUGCCUCUCAUCACUGUUAUAGAUGCCAAAGAUCGCCUAAAGAACAUUCCCAUUUGCCAGCCAUUUCACCUGGAGCUCAAUUUCUUCAAUAAGGAAAACCGAGUUCUUCAUUAUCCUGCAAGGGCUUUUUAUGUAGAUGGCUUGAACCUUAUGGCAUAUAAUCUCUGUUCUGGAACAGAUAGCAUUUACAAGAAACUUUACACAUCGAUUCCAGGGAAUGUGGAAUAUCGUCCUAAGCAUAUAGUUUAUAGUAAAAGGCAGCAUCUGUUUCUUGUUGUUUAUGAAUUUAGUGGCACAACAAAUGAAGUAGUUCUUUAUAAGGAAAAUACUGACUUACUGUUGCCUAACAGUAAAUCAACCACAAUAAAAGGUUGUGAUGGUGCAUUUAUUGGCCCCAGUGAAAAUCAGUUUGUUAUUCUUGACGAUGACAAGACUGGGCUGGCGCUGUAUAUUCUUCCAGGAGCAGCUUCACAAGACACUGAAGGAAAAAAAGGAGCAGCUGAACCAAAUCUUUUAUCUGAUCAAUCUAUCAAUACCAAUGUUGGUUCAGUUCAAGGCCCCAUGCCAUUUAUGUUUGAAACUGAAGUUGAUCGCAUCUUUUCCACUCCUAUAGAGUCCACUUUGAUGUUUGCUUCUAAUGGAAGCCAGAUUUGCUUGGCAAAGUUGGUUCAAGGAUACCGUCUUUCACAUUCAGAUGGGCAUUUUAUAUCAACAAAAGCUGAAGGGAGAAAGUCAAUCAAGUUAAAAACAAAUGAAAUUGUGCUCCAGGUGCACUGGCAAGAAACGCAGAGAGGCUAUGUUGCAGGAGUAUUAACUACUCAAAGGGUGCUUAUAGUUUCAGCAGAUCUUGACAUUCUAGCAAGUAGUUCCACGAAGUUUGAUAAAGGACAUCCUUCAAUAUCCUUAUACAGCCAUAUCGGCAUAAAUAUUUUACAUGAAUUUUAUGUCAGUUUGCAUGCAUGAUCACUUUUGUGGAUUGGGCCAGCACUUCUCUUUUCUACUGCCACAGCAAUUAGUGUGCUAGGAUGGGAUGGCAAAGCUAGAUCCAUGGUAUCCAUCAACAUGCCAUAUGCAGCUCUGGUUGGUGCCUUGAAUGAUAGAUUAUUACUCGCCAACCCUACAGAUAUAAGUCCCAGACAAAAGAAAGGGGUUGAGAUUAAGAGCUGUCUGGUUGGGCUUCUUGAACCUCUUCUUAUUGGAUUUGCCACAAUGCAACAACAUUUUGAGCAGAAGCUUGAUCUGUCCGAAAUAUUGUACCAAAUAACAUCAAGGUUUGAUAGCUUGCGCAUCACUCCAAGAUCUCUAGAUAUUCUAGCUAGAGGUCCUCCUGUCUGUGGAGAUCUUGCUGUAUCUUUGUCCCAAGCAGGCCCACAGUUCACUCAGGUGCUGCGUGGUGUCUAUGCGAUCAAAGCACUUCGUUUUUCUACUGCUUUAUCUGUUUUGAAGGACGAGUUCUUGCGUUCUAGAGAUUAUCCAAAUUGUCCGCCAACAUCACAUUUGUUCCACCGAUUUCGGCAACUUGGAUAUGCCUGUAUCAAGUAUGGUCAGUUUGACAGUGCAAAAGAAACUUUUGAAGUUAUUGCUGACUAUGAAAGCAUACUUGAUCUGUUUAUAUGCCACCUCAACCCUAGUGCAAUGCGUCGUCUUGCUCAGAGACUGGAAGAAGAAAGUGCUGAUUCAGAAUUGAGGCGAUAUUGUGAAAGGAUUUUAAGAGUUCGUUCCAGUGGAUGGACACAAGGCAUUUUUGCAAACUUUGCUGCUGAAAGUAUGGUUCCUAAAGGAUCUGAAUGGGGUGGUGGAAACUGGGAAAUUAAGACACCUACCAACUUAAAGAGCAUACCUCAGUGGGAGAUUGCUGCAGAAGUGAUGCCAUAUAUGAAGACUGAUGAUGGUGCCAUUCCAUCAAUUAUUACAGAUCAUAUUGGUGUUUACCUUGGCUCAAUUAAAGGAAGAGGUAAUAUUGUUGAAGUAAGAGAAGAUAGCUUGGUCAAACCCUUUGUAUCUGCAGGAGGUGACAAUAAACCAAAUGGAAUACCUCCUCUGCUCAAAGCUAAGGACAAGUCUCAAAGUGUAACAACAAAUGGUGUUUCCAAGAGCGAUUCCUUGAUGGGUUUGGAAACUCUAACUAAAACUGCUGCUGAUGAACAGGAAAAAGCAGCUGAAGAAUUUAAGAAAACUAUGUAUGGCACUGCUGAUGAUGGUAGCAGCAGCGAUGAGGAGGGAGUGUCAAAGACUAAAAAGUUACAGAUUAGAAUACGAGACAGGCCAGUUACAUCAGGUACAGUGGAUGUUAAUAAGAUUAAAGAAGCAACAAAGCAAUUUAAACUUGAUGGAUUGGCCCCACUGAUGAGUAAGACCAGGUCAUUGGCUAGUUCUCAGGACCUCAGUCAGAUUCCACAACAACCUACUCCUGCUACUGCUGGUGCUAUGACUGCUCCAAUUGUUUCUGCUUCUGCUUCUGCUGAUCUAUUUGGUACAGAUUCAUGGGCACAACCUGCCUCAGUGUCACAGCAAGCUCCAGUGGUUAAAGGUGUGGGAAUUGCAGCUGGACCUAUCCCGGAGGACUUCUUCCACAAUACGAUACCAUCCCUCCAGGUCGCAGCCUCAUUACCUCCUGCUGGGACAUACCUUUCAAAGAUGGAUCAAACCUCUCAAGGGUUUGAAGGUGGUGAAAAGGUGAUGCCUAACCAAGUAAAUGCACCUACAGCUGUUGUUGGUUUUCAGAAUGGUGGGGUUCCGCCUCAAGCUAGUGAGCAGCAAAUUCCUUUUGAUUCGAUUGGGCUUGCUGAUGGUGGUGUUCCACCACAAUCCUCGGGUCAGGCUCCUGUAAUGCCCCAGCCUCAGGUUCAACCUGCACAGAUGCCCCUAUCAACAGAACCUCUUGAUCUUAGUGCACUGGGAGUCCCAAUUCCUCCAGAUACAGGAAAACCUACUCCUAAUCCUGCUUCUCCACCCACCUCUGUACGCCCAGGACAGGUUCCACGUGGGGCCCCUGCUUCUUUAUGUUUCAAGAUUGGUCUGGCUCACCUUGAGCAGAAUCAACUUCCCGAUGCGUUAUCCUGUUUUGAUGAAGCUUUUCUGGCACUAGCUAAGGAUCACUCUCGAGGAGCUGAUAUUAAAGCUCAAGCAACCAUUUGUGCUCAGUACAAGAUAGCAGUAACUCUUCUUCAGGAAAUUGCAAGGCUGCAGAAAGUCCAAGGUCCAAGUGCAAUCAGCGCAAAAGAUGAGAUGGCCAGACUAUCAAGACAUCUGGGCUCUUUGCCUCUUCAGGCAAAGCACCGAAUAAAUUGCAUUCGUAGUGCCAUUAAAAGAAAUAUGGAGGUUCAAAAUUAUGCUUAUACCAAGCAGAUGCUUGAACUCCUUCUAUCCAAGGCACCUCCAAGCAAGCAAGAAGAGCUGAGGAGCCUGAUUGACAUUUGUGUUCAGAGGGGUUCAACCAACAAGUCCAUUGAUCCUCUGGAAGAUCCCUCCCAGUUUUGUGCUGCCACACUCAGUCGUCUGUCAACUAUUGGAUAUGAUGUCUGUGAUCUUUGUGGGGCUAAAUUCUCCGCUCUCUCUGCACCCGGAUGCAUCAUCUGUGGUAUGGGAAGCAUUAAAAGAUCAGAUGCCCUUGCAGGGCCUGUUCCUUCUCCGUUUGGCUGAGAAUUUUCUAGCCUAUCAAUUCCUCCAGAAAGGCGUCCCUACUUGUUUAAGGGCUUCAAUCCCAAGCAGAUGCCUUCUCAAUAUCUCUCAAGAGAAAUGUGAGUGUUCCCUUUUCUAGGUUCAGCCCCAGCCAAGCACCAUUUGACCACUCAUUGUAGAGAUGAUGAAGCUAGCAGCGAGCUAGCAGCCCUAUUUAGGUACAUAAUUUAUCUUUGAUUUGUUUGCAUAUGAUUCUCUCUUCCUUUCGUUUUUCACGUGGUUUUGGAUGUUCCAAUGUUGCAUUGUCUAAUAUCCAUAUUUUCCAUUCUCUUUCUUCUUUUCUUUUUUUUUUUUUUGGCCGAAGCCAUAUUUUUGGUUCAAUGAUGUAACAAUAAUAUUGAUCCUGUCGUGUCAAUACCUGAGCGCUAUGGACCCUAUAGAGAAAGGUUUGGACUGUUUUCUCACAAGAAGAUAAAUUCUCAAUUCUGGGGUUCAGUAUUGUAAUUGCAUCUUGAGGGUACAUUGUUGUGAUUUUUUGCAUUUAGUUAAUAGAGAAAAUCCUGUGUCGAAAUCAUAAGAAGGAAUUUGUGUAUUUAAACAUAAAAUAUGUUACUUUAU